CUCUGCCAAGUGCACCAAAAUGGCGACCAAAAUUCAGACGUCAACACGGAAGCAUCGAAGAAUUUCUACUCUAUCUCCUCCCCCUGGAUAUCUGUACGACAACAAUUAACUUUUCCUGAAUCCUGGAGUGGCCUGGAAGUGUGAAACCCACCGAGUUUGUAGAUCAGAGCCCGUGCGGCGGAGGAACAAUGGACAAACUUCGCGAGCUCCGCACAGGGGGAGGAGGCGGGGUGCCCGAUGCUAGACGACGGGAGACCGCCCAGCCUCUGGGUUCUCCCGUCAGGAACGGGAUCGUCAUGAGGCCGCUGGAAGGAGAGGCUUUCCCGCCUGACAUGUCCGACUCUACAGACUCGGGAGAAAAGGUGAAAACCAAGCUGAUGUCCAUGUGGAACAACGUACGCUAUGGUUGGACCAUCAAAGUCAAGACCAAUUUCAGCUAUGAUUUUCCCAUCUGGCUCCAGGGAGUCUGUUAUCACAGGAGAAAUGAAGAGCUGACAAAGGAACUGGAGCCCCUGACAGACUCAGACAGACGACUCUACACCAUGGAGCUGUUCAAGAGAGACUUUGCCUCCAAGGUCUGGCUGACGUAUAGGCGAGAGUUUCCCCAGCUGGCAGGGUCCAUGUUCACUACAGACUGUGGGUGGGGCUGUAUGCUGCGCAGUGGGCAGAUGUUGUUGGCUGGAGGACUCGUCAUGCACUUCUUGGGAAGAGAUUGGAGAUGGUUUGGGAAUCAGACAAGAGAACAGGAGGCCUUCCACAGAGAGAUCAUCGGCUGGUUUGGUGACAAUGAGAGUAGCCCGUUCUCCCUACACAGACUGGUACAGAUAGGGCAGAACUUAGGCAAGAGGGCAGGGGACUGGUACGGACCAUCAUCAGUGGCACACAUCAUGAAAGAUGGCAUGGACGGGGCACCAGAGUUCCACCCGCUGUUGAGUCAGGUGUGCGUGUAUGUGGCACAGGAUUGUACGGUGUAUAAGCAGGACGUGGUGAGCCUGUGCACCAAGAGAAGAAGACUGUCCAGUAACGCAGCCGACAGAGACGGGAGCACAGAGAACUGGUGUUCUGUUAUCAUCCUCAUCCCUGUACGGUUAGGAGGAGAGAGUCUCAACCCCAUUUAUGAGCCAUGUAUAAAGGGUUUGUUCACCAUGGACCACUGUCUGGGAGUGAUUGGAGGCCGACCCAAACAUUCUCUGUACUUUGUGGGAUUUCAAGAGGAUAAACUGAUCCACCUGGACCCCCACUUCUGUCAGGAGGUAGUGGACAUGACCCCACGUGACUUCCCCCUGGAGUCCUUCCACUGUAUGAACCCCCGUAAGAUGUCCAUUGCCAGGAUGGACCCCAGCUGUACCAUCGGCUUCUACUGUAGAACCAGGGACGACUUCAACAAGUUCUGCACCACUGUCACAGAGGAGAUGCUCCGACAGCCAGGCCCUAAAGCGGACUAUCCCAUGUUCAUCGUGUCCGACGGGAGCGCGGAGGACUGUAAGCUGGAAGGAACCAUGCAGAAUCAACCAGAGCGCAUCCUACGGGUACAACACUUGGACAGGGAGGGGCAGCUUCGCCCCCUGGGUGGACCACAGGAGGAUUUUGUGUUCUUGUAGUAAUGGCUCAUUACUGUCUGAUAGGUUAAGAGUAGGGGUGGGUACCGGUACAGAAAAUUCAGGUCCAGGUCCGGUCCAGGUCCAGAGGACCAGGUCCAGACCUGAAUCUGGACCUACAUGGGUGAAAACUUGUGUGAAUGGGCGAUACUCAAAACAAUGGUCGAUGUCCCAUCUUCAUGUAAACAACACUAAUUGCUUCUGUUUUGUUCAAAGUUUGAUUGUAGAAACUGAGUAAAAAUGACUUUCAACUUUCCUCUACUUCGCUCUUUAUUUUCUUGGACCUGUAAGCCCCAACUCACGUGAAUGCCUGCCGGUAUAAUCUGUUAUUUUCAAAUCGGUCCAAAAUCCGGUCUACUGAUUUUUUAAAGUCCAUUUUCAUGGACCGGGCCAAGAAGAAAAAAAGGUUUCGUACCGGUACCCACCCCUAGUUAAGAGUGUACAGUAUUAAGUUAUUGUGCUACUGUGAUACAGUAGUUCUUUCAGAUAAAGUUCAAGCGUGGUGUGACAUGGGAACCAAAUUCAUAGCCAACCAAAGCACAUGUACAAGCUACUAAACAAAUGUUGCAUGUGCUGAAAUAAAAUCUACAACACUAAAACUGUCACCAUAGGCUGCUAUACCAUACAGAGAGCAUGAAAGCAUGCUACAACAAGAAGAAAGUAAUCUAAGGAUGUGCAAUUGAUGAUCAUGAAGUACAUGUAUAUUGGAAUUUCAUGGGGACGUUAUAGAUAGACAAAUGUAAAUGAGGUGCUACGGGUAAACUUAGUGCAAAUGAAAUGGUCUGCUAUUUUCUGGUGUUUUCUUCAUUAUAACACUUAUUACCCAGAGCUUUGUGAUACCACACUGUACUAUGCUUGCAGUGCACAUUACUGUAAGGUAAUGCUAAUGUCAUACAGGUCUAAAUCACUGCCCCACCGGGUAGUUUACAGGCUAUUUUUCUGCAAUUUGUGGAAGCACAUCUAACACUGCAAAAAAAGAGCCCAUAAAGUAUUGUGAAUAUCCCUGUAGCUCACAAUUAAGCUCCUUGUUCCCAUUAUUUUGCUACUGGGAAACUCUGGUUCAAUUCUGGGUAGGGCAUUUUGGUUGGGGCUUCACCUGUCUUUCGGAAGGGAUGUUAAAUGGUUUAUCCCAUGUUUGAGGAAAAAUCUUGAGCACAAUAAAGGAAAGGCUUAGCAACCUCUCCCUGUUAAAAUAUACACCAACAAAACUACAAAAACAGUGAGGAAACUUAAUGUCCUUUGUGCCACCAAGCAAUGCAAGUGUCCAAUCAAACAAACAAAACUACCCUGUGGGGCAGUGGUUUGAAAAUGUGACCGAGGCAGAAGCAAGUACUUGUAGUAUAUUUAUAUCAUAUGUAAGCAGCAAAUGAUAAUGUGCAUAUGUUGCAAAUAUAGGCACAUAUUUCUUUUAUGUAAAUAAUUUAUUGCAAUGCAGAAGUAAACAUGAAUGACGAGCAAAUAGACAGUUUCAAGUUCAACCUUUUGUACAUUGCUGUAUCUUGUCAAUGGUUUUGUCUCAAAGUAAAGGUACAUUGUAAAAAAAAUGUCAAAUCACCUUUAUAGAAGAGUCCAUUGUGAAAAUGCAUUUGUCUUCCUGUUCAUCUUUAUAUCAAGUUUUCACAUACAUUUGUGUCCUAGAAUGGCAUAAUCACCAUCUACUGUUGUUAAAAGAUCUUAAGCACAGCCAUAUAAAGAGUCAGAUGUCUAUAAUUUUUAUAUUCAUAUUUGCAGUAGCAGCAUAUGUUUUGCCAGUAACACAAAGAUUAUAUUUGUCACAAGAAAUAUGGGAAUGUGCAAGACUCUUAUAAGACAAAAAGGCAGAAGGUAAAAUUACUUCCUAAUAGAUGUAUGGCCUUUGUUUUGACUUAGUUCCUAUGGAACAUUUCUAACGUUUGUUGUUGGUUGAUUGAUAGCAAUAUUGAAAAAUUGAUAAAUAUUGUAAGCUGGAUGAUAUGCAUUAUUCAGUAGUAACUUUCCCGCAGCCUACCAUUCAAAACUUUAUGACUAUACACAAAAAUAUGAUUCAUUUUAGCUUUGCGUGGAUCAAAUGUUACAAAGAGUGGAAUUGUACAGAAUUGUAGUAUAAGAAAAUAUACAUUAGAUGUUCUAAGCUGUCUGUGGGAAUUAGAUGACCUUCUAUACAGCGUGCCUAAUAGAUAAAAGAAUGAGAAACUAUUCCAUGAAUUGUUCUGCUGUAUAAGUUACUAGUCUGUAGAGAAGGCCACACUUGGUUUAUCACUUGUUGCAACCAAAUUAUGGUCAGAAUAGACAGAAUCACAAGCACAUACAAGAUCAGCGUGCACAAUACAUAACAAGUGAUUGUUUUA